UUUUUUUGUUGCGGAACCGCACAGCUGUAGUCCAGUUUCUUACGUGCACUUUUCAAGUGAGGGACAGGAAGUGUACAUUAGACGUUGCGACGCAUCUCCUCAAGCACUGGUAGUGUGCCGAGUAGCGGACAAAAACGUGAGGAUUCGUGGUAGAAAACUGAGAUGUAAGAGGAUUACAACAAUGCAGUUGGGCUACUCGUGCUAAUUUAGUAGCAGAUAGAGGCUAAUGCUAAGGGGAAGCCUAGAUACGCGCUUCCGUCGUUCAAGUCUAAACGGACAAAGACAUGUAGAUGGGGGGGAACUGUUCUACCAGGCGGAGUUAUUAAUGCUGCACUUCAGCGCCACAUGUAGGUGUGCCUUAUGUAUUACAUCGUUUUCACCCAGAGAUCCGUUCCUGUGUGGAUGUGACUAUUUACUGAUCCCACACUGUGUGGACGUGACUUGUUUUCAACGUGCUGAAAGGAAAAAAAAACCUAAGGAGCGUUCCCGUGUGGACAGGGCCCAACUCCCACGAUGGCCCCUAAACGUGCUGCCUCUUCUCAGCCUUCUGGCAAUGACACUAAGCGGAGGAGGAAGAUGCUUACCAUCCAGGAGAAAGUGAAACUCUUGGAUAUGAUCAAGGAUGGCAAGAAAAUCGUUGAGGCUGCCCGCCAUUAUGGCUUGAAUGAGUCCACCGUUCGCUCCAUCUGUAAAGAUGAAAAGAAGAUCCGUGUAACGGCUACCGUCUCCUUAAACAAGGAGGCAAAGCGCGUAAUGACGAACCGUAAUAAGUUCAUCAUGAAAACUGAAUCCGCCCUCGCCGUUUGGAUUAACGAUAGCCGCAAACAAAACAUCCCACUGAAUUCGCUGGUCAUCCGGGAGAAGGCUAGGCAGUUCUAUCAGCACUUUACGUCAGACGAACCUCAACCCGGACCCUCUUCUACAACGUUCACAGCGAGCAAGGGCUGGUUUGAUAAGUUCCAGAAGAGGUACCAGAUGAAGAGUGUCGUUCUCCACAGAGAAGCUGCCUUUGCAGACCAGUUCGCAGCAGAGGAGUAUGUGAACUACACGUUCCUGAACAUCCUUGAGGAGGGAAACUAUCAUCCAGAACAGGUGUUCAAUAUGGAUGAAACGGGACUGUUCUGGAAAAGAAUGCCUUCCCGGACAUUCAUUUUCAAGGAUGAGGCCAAGGACUGUGGCUUCAAGGCGUACAAGGAUCGUGUGACUGUCAUUAUGUGUGGGAAUGCUGAGGGUUUUUUGCUCAAGCCUGCCCUCAUCAACAAGGCCAAGAACCCUAGGGCCCUCAAGAAUAAAAACAAGAACCUGCUGCCAGUGCAUUGGAUGCACAAUGCCAAGGGCCAGAUCACGAAGCAGCUGACAUCGGACUGGUUCCACGAAUGUUUCAUCCCCCAAGUCAAGCUGUAUCUUGCUGAGAGGGGACUCGAGUUUAAUGUCCUUCUCCUCAUGGACAAUGCUGAAGGUCAUGCCCAUGACCUGUCCUAUGAGGGGGUGCGGAUUGAGUUCCUUCCCCCUGACACCACUUCGCUGAUCCAGCCAAUGGAUCAAGGUGUUAUUCGUGCGUUCAAGGCCCUCUACACGCAAAACACCCUGCUGCACCUUGUCGAAGCAAUGGACCUUGAGGAGAACUUCUUGCUGAAGGAGCACUGGCGGCAGUAUACCAUCGCAACCUGUCUGAAGAACAUCCAGGCCGCGUUGAAGGACAUGAAGACGGAGGCCGUGAAUGCCAGCUGGAAGAAGUUGUGGCCUGAAAUUGUCCAUGACAAUACAGGAUUCAGCCCAGAGGAUAUAAGCAACUCUGCAGUGGCUAAGGCCGUUAGGCUAGGCCGGAUGCUGGGAGGAGAAGGUUUCACAGAUAUGACCAGCAACGAUGUGAAUGAAUUGCUGGAGACUCCUUUGGAUCCCUUAACUGGUGAGGAUAUGGUGGACAUGACUAACUCUGCGAGUGAGGAGGAGGAAGAGGAAGAGCAGUCAGAGUUUCCUGGGGACGAGGAGGAGGAAGCCGGCCUGACACUUGAGCGUCUCUCACAAGUCGCGAGAACUAUUAAGAAAGUUCAGGACAUGAUUGAGGAAUGGGAUCCACAGAUGAUGCGUGCAUUGCGCUUCCGGAAUGCACUUGAUGGAGCAAUGGAACCCUACAAAAGCCUCCUCACGCAGAUGAAAAGACAGCGCCACAAACUGCCUAUCUCGAUGUUCUUCAGCCAAGCACCCGGACACCCACCACCUAGGUCGAGUUUUUCUUCAGCAGAAGAUGAUGACUACACACCCGCUGAAUAUACUGCACCACUUGAAUACUCUCCUGCUGAAGUGGUGCCUUCAGAGGAGCAGUAACCCUGCUCUUCUUUGCUGUGCAGUACAUUGGUCCAUCUCCAUCGCUUCAUCUUCAGUAUUGCACAGCAGAUCGUCAUCAUCCUCAUCCUCAUCAUUGAACAAGUUGCAGUAUUUUCACAGGUCAAAUAACUAGGUGGCUCUACUCCCAAGGAGCACGUCUACAACACACUUCAAGAUACUUGACUGACAGCCAGCGCAAAAGCUUCAACAUCGAGGACACAAGCAAAAGGAGUGUCAACACAAAAGCUGGGGAUUGAAGAAACUCUUCUUCCACACGUUUGAAACAUCUGUACCUUACGAUUAGAUGACGAUGACGAUGAUGACCAAGAUGGCGCCGUGGAAGACUGCCCUUGUGUCUUGGUCCGCUCUGUCUUACAUGUUCUCACACCAGUGAAGAGCUCGUUAACAACAGACUUACUACUCCUGCGAACCAACUACCAGUUUUUUUAAGUGUCUGCUAUGGAAAGUGUGCUGGAGUUCUACAGUAUGUCUCCACAGACAAGGAUUACACACACCCCUCCAGCCAACUCCAAACUCAUGAACACCAAAUAACAUCAGACCCAUGUACACCAUUUAAUGUUUUUGUUAUGUCAGUAAAUGUAUAUAUUUUAGUGUUUUUAUCUUAUACAGUGGUACCUUGGUUAGUGUAAUUAAUUCACUCCAGAGGGUCUAAAACGGACACUAACCGAAUUCAUUUUUCCCACAAGAAAUAAUGUAAAUGUAAUGAAUCUGGUCCAGAAAGCCAAAAAACACGUUUUUAUAGUUUUACCUGCAGAAAUCAAUUCUAAAUGCAUAUAAAUACAUAUCAAUGAUGAAUGAAAUGGAAAACUGAACAUUUAAGGAUGCUUUUACCUGCAUUGGUGUGACUGAAAACAGGAAGGUUGUGGUGGUUGAUCUCGCUGCCACAUCAUGUCUUUGGUAACAGUCAUGUCUUAAAUUAACCAUACAUGUUCAUUUAACUCUUUCAGUCAUUUCUAUGCAUUUAGAAUUGUUUUAUGCAUGUAAAAUUGUAAUUGUAAAUAGUUUUUUGUUUUUUUGAGAGUCAACCGCUGGUGACAGAGACUGCGAUGCAACUUCCGGUUCUGGUUGCCAUUUUGUUUAGCUAGCUAAUAACAUGGUAACAAGGAAGGACCGUUUGGUAAAAAUACAUAAAGACCACAGUUGGACUCACGCAGUAUAUUCACACGGCAAGACGUGCACCGUAUUGUACGCAAACCGAGUCAAAAUUGUGAGGUCAAUUUUGGACAUGAACCAAAAAAAACAUUGGCCGAGGUUCCGCUGUAUCGUGUUUAUUUCUCAUUGUAUUUGCAUUUUUAGCGCAUUUAGCGCAUUUUUAUUUUGCAUGCCUUUGCUAGUUUUAUUUUUUAUUUGAUAUUCUUCCUCGUCUGUUUCAUGUGGCACCACUGCACUGUAAAAAAAAAAAAAAAAAAAAAAUUUGUGAAACCUUUCACUGGCAACGGCAAUAAAACCAUUCUGGUUCUGAUUA